AUGGCUAACCCUCCCCCAGUUCGUCCCUGGUUCCGCUUAGCCUCCAUUCGCUCCACCCCUGCUGCCCCUGCCCCUGCCCCUGCCCCUACCCCUACCCAAGAGCCUCGCAUUACGUUGGGCCUGCCCGCAUUUAGAACUGCUUCGGCACCUUCAUCACCACAAUCUCACCCUACCCAACCUCAACCUCAAUCUCAACCUCAUCCUGCUCCAGAACCUUCAUCUCAACCUAACAGAUUUUCUUCUUCUUCACUCCCAAAUUCUCCUGUCCACAAGGCCAUACUUACAACAUCUUCCCCCCCACGUUCCUCCCCUGAAAAGAAUUCGCGUGUGCAUGUCUCCAGUCCCACUCACUCUCCUAAAACAAUUAAGCAAUCUGAUCGUAGCCCAAUGCGCUCGCCAAACAAUAGCAGAACCAUCACUCCUCCACCUUCUCCUCUCACCCUCCCACCUUCCCAGUUGAAGACCGAGCCCAAGAUACCUGAACAGCCUGAGCCCAAAACCGUGCUGGUCCAGAAAACCAUCGACAGACCCAGGCCCUGGCACAAUGGCGCCACUGAAACGCACAAAAACAAUGCCCAUGCCCAUCAUGGAAAACACGUCACUGGCAAGGAAAGUGAAUCCAAGGAGAAGGGUAUUCACAAAAAGCUUUCGGAUUCCGAGGACUCUGGCAUGAGGGUCAUAACCAUUGCCGGAGAAAACAGAGGGGCUUUCAUGGAACUGAUCCAGUCCCCGAAGAAACCCGAAUCGAAGUACCUUCACAAGAAGGGGAAUUCGAGCAUCAGCGUGGAUGGGGUGGAGUCGGAGGGUUCGAGUGCUGAGGAAGGGAACAAGAAGGAUAAGAAUCAGAAAGGUAAAACAACGUCUUCGUUCCCCAUGGCUGCGUACAUGAACAGCAAUGUGCAGUGUGUGAACAACUCGCUCCUGUACAACACUUCUUGCUCCCACCACGACCCCGGAGUGCGCCUUUCUCUUUCAAAGAAACCAUUCGGUGAAGGUUUCCAUCUGAAGGAACACGCUGAUGCUCACCACGCUGAUGCUCACCACGCUUGA